CAGAUAUUAGACACCGCCAAGAUUGGUUUGAGAGAACGGAUGGAAAGUAAUUGGUGACUUAUCAGAGGAGGAUAAUGGCCAAAGAUGUUGGUCUGAUGGAAACCAAUGGAGAAUUGAAGGUUUUCAUUGACCAGAAUCGGAGUCCUAGUAAAGGUGUCCUGUCUCUGGUUGCUGUCCAUCCUGUGUCAAUCCCCAUGGCCAAACAACUACUGCCUAAAACCCUGGGGCCCUCCAAUGUCAACAUUGCUCCACACAUGGUGAUUGGUACGCCCCAGAGGCCCAGUGUUUCCAGUGCCAUACUUGUGAACAGCCCUCAAACACCCAACUCCCAGUUCCUCACACAGAGCCAGCCGGCCGACGCGUCGCCAUGGUCCUCGGGGAAGCGUGGUAAGAAGGGGGAGAAGAAUGGCAAGGGCCUGAGACAUUUCUCCAUGAAGGUGUGUGAGAAGGUGCAAAAAGGUGUAACCACCUACAACGAGGUGGCAGACGAGCUGGUGGCGGAGUUCAGCGCUGCAGACAACCACAUCUCCCCCAACGACUCACAUGUGUACGACCAGAAGAACAUCCGACGGCGUGUGUAUGACGCGCUCAACGUGCUCAUGGCCAUGAACAUCAUCUCUAAAGAGAAGAAAGAGAUCAAGUGGAUUGGUCUGCCUACCAACUCAGCCCAGGAGUGCCAGAACCUAGAGGUGGAGAGACAAAGGCGACUGGAGAGAAUCAAGCAGAAACAGUCACAACUCCAAGAACUCAUAUUACAGCAAAUAGCCUUUAAGAACCUGGUGCAGCGGAACAGACAGACGGAACAGCAGGCCAACAGACCUCCACCCCCCAACUCUCUCAUCCACCUCCCCUUCAUCAUCAUCAACACCAGCAAGAAGACAGUCAUCGACUGUAGCAUCUCAAACGACAAGUUUGAGUACCUGUUUAACUUCGACAACAUGUUUGAGAUCCACGACGAUAUUGAGGUGCUGAAGCGCAUGGGCAUGGCCUGUGGCCUGGAGGUGGGCAAGUGUUCCCCGGAGGACCUGAAGGUGGCACGCAGCCUGGUGCCCAAAGCCCUGGAGCCCUACGUCACAGAGAUGGCCCAGGGUCCCAUCAGUAAUGUCUACAUCACUGGAGGAUCCUCCACCAACGGGCGGCGCCAUCACGGCCAGGGCAGUGACAGCGGUGCAGAUGGUCCCCUGGCCUCCAGCUCUAAUGACUCUCACUACAGCAGCUCCCGUGUUGAGACCCCCGUGUCGUACAUGGGGGAUGAUGACGAGGAGGACGACUACGACGAGAACGACGAUGAAGAUUAACUUUCUGCCGCGCCAAGCCUCUCAAACAAGCAGUCUGUCUCUUUUUCUCGCCCUGUCUCUCUCUCUCUUUCUCUCUCCCUGAGUAUUUCUCCCCCUCCGAGUAUCUUUCUCUCUCUCUCUGUAAGGGGCGUUGAAUAAUGUUUUUCUGGGUAUGAAGAGUGUGCAGCCCUCUUCUCCUCAGAGGGGGUGGUCCUGAAUCACAUGCUGCACAUUGGCUCUCUGGGAAGUGUAGUCUAUGGCUUUGGCAAUGCUGCAGCAUUUCUCUGUCUAUUAUCACCCUCUUCUUGGCCAGCCACCCAGCUGGAGAAUAAAGGGAAAAGAAACAUCUUCCAGACAACCCACUGCUGUUGGAGAAUGUAUAGUGUUCCUUGUGUGUGAAAUAGUUAGCUUUGUUAUGUUUUGAUUUCUUUGGACAGACUCAAUGGUGAACUACUGUUUCAAGAUGGCUGCCAGUGCAACUGCCCCCAGACCGCUGGCUCAGAAGACACUCACUGGAUCCAAAAUGUCCGGUUUAGUCGCCACAACGCCCUAAGAAAAUUUGGGACUGCAUUUCAAAAGUGUGGACACUGUUUUGUUAUCCCCCUCUUUUGUGGCAUUGAUAUCAAUGGGCUGGUGUGUUGGGCUAGCUUCCUCUCAUUCUGUAGGCAGCUGCUUUUCUGGUCCUUAUUUGUUUUAAGUUUUGGAGUGCGCCCUUCCGGACCAUGGUAGUGUUUACAAGUGACGGGCACGAGCGAGGAAAAUAACUCUCCUACCCACGCUCCCCUAUAGGAAAAUGUUAAGCUUUGUGUUUGAAUGAUGUAAACGGAUCCUAUGAAGAUUGUAGUUUAUAACAUCCUUUACAGGUCAGUGGCGGAAGGAAGACCUGGAUAUUAUUGAUGUAUCUAAGAUGUGGGUUGUAUAGGUCUGUCUCCAUGAACCCCCUUCGAAGAUCUCCUCUUCUUUUUUUAACUGAACAACAUGUACUGACUCUUCCAAACGACAUUUUCUGUAAUCUAAUAUAAUUUUGUCAAUUAAAUAUAGGGAAUGUUUUAACAAGUUUA